UUCAGUUCACUGGCAGUUUUAAAAAAAAAAUGUUUUGGGUCAAACUGAAGACUUUUUUCCAGCAAAUUGAAAAGUAAAAUUAAUUUGUUUCAGGUCAAACAAAUCAUUUUGUUUUGACAAAACUGAAACAUUGUUUUGAUUGACCAUUUUUAAACAUUGUUGAUUGUUUUGAAUAAAAUUAAAGGACACUUUGAAACAAAAAGUUGUUUCAAACUGAAAAACUGAAACACUUUGAAAAUAUUGAAACAAAAGUAUUUUGAUUUUUUUCCAGAAUUGUUUAAUGUUUUUUUUCCAAUCCAAAACAAUCGGCUGAAACCAACACGAAUUCGCUAAAUGUUUUGGUGUCACCGAAUCGUCAUUUUUUGCCCAGCUCUAUAUCUGAUGCUCUCCUUCCAGAAACCUGUAACUGAUCUGUGUUUGAACAUCUGUCUGAUUUCAGGGAGAAAAGAAGAAUCCAUCUCUGGUGCUUGAGACAAACGGAUGUUCUGGAUGAUCUCUGAAUAGAAGAGCACAAUGCCUUUCUUGCAUGGCUUCCGCAGGAUCAUUUUUGAGUAUCAGCCGUUGGUAGAUGAGAUCUUGGGAUGUUUGGGGAUACAGGAUCCUGAAAAGCAGGAAACUCUAGAGAGGUAACAAAUGUCAAGACUCUGGUGGCCUUUACUCAGUGUUUUUUGUUUGUUUGUUUUUAAAGUAAGUCACAAACUGAAGGAUGAAAUAAGUGGUUGUGGGUUACUCUAAGCUUAUCUCCAGAGAAGUUCCUCUGAAUAGCUGUGUUGUAUCUAAUUAACCCUCUAAAUUGUUGUUAUCGUUGUUUGUAUUACAGCAGCAUGUGGAGGUCAGACCUGAAAUCAGGGCCCCACUGUUGUAUAGGCAUGUUGUAAGAGGCGGUCCCUGCCCCAAUGAGUUUACAAUUUAAAUAGACAAGACAUACAAGAAGUGGACGAGGAAGCAGAGAGGUGGAAUGACUUGCCCAAGGUCACCUGGCAGGUCCAGUGGCAGAGCUGGGACAAGAACCCAGGUGUCCUAAGGCCCAGUCCAGUGGGCUAGCUGGCGCGCUCUCCCUGAAUCACUGACUGUACCAUCAGAGGCCUCUGCUGUAGAAAGCUGGAUGCUAAUGUUGGAUGUGGGUGCCAAGAAGAUUUGGGGAGCCCUUUCAUAGAGAGGAGCCAAUUAUUUACACAGGAGUUAAAAGGCCGAUUACGGUGUUCCCCAGAACCUGCAGAGAGGGGCGGUUUAACCCUUGAGAGAGACCUUCCCUGAUAGUCUGUUGACCUGGAGCGAACUCUUGUGAUAGGAACUAAGGGGAGCUCUCUCAGGCUGCUGACACUUAAUUCUGAGCAAAUAAAACCUCCCCCGAUGGUCAGACCCUAAACGAGAGCAGGGCGCAAUGCACCGAGGGGGCGGCGGGCUCCCGCAACACAAGACUGGAGCGAUAGGAGGGCAGGACACCCGCAGAGACCGUUAUUGGCCCAAUUCCCUUUUCCAACGCACAUCCCAGGAGAAAUGCUGGAGCUCUAACAAUGGGCCACUUUUCUGUGUCUCAAGCCCCAGCUGCCUAGCUGAAGACAGCAGCAAAUUCUUGGUCCUCAACAAGCUGUUGGAGAGAGAGACCCAGUCCCCGUUCUACCAAGAAGGCGUGAGCUACUCCUUGCUGAAGGUAGCUGAACUCGGGCUGGUGCCUGCAGCUGAAAUCCUCCUGCAGAACGGGGCCAAUCUUAUCUUUGAAGAUCCCGUCACCUAUUACACUGCUCUGCACAUCGCUGUUCUCCGAAACCAGCCGGACAUGGUGGAGCUGCUAGUGCGCCGCGGGGCGGACAUUAACCGGAGAGAUCGGAUUCACGAGAGCAGCCCCCUGGACCUCGCCAGUGAGGAGCCCGAACGGCUGCCAUGUUUGCGGCAUCUCCUGGAACUUGGUGCCGACGUCAACGCAGCUGACAAAAAUGGAAAGACAGCUUUGCUGCAUGCCCUGGGCAGCAGUGAUGGAGUUCAGAUCCACAACACCGAAAACAUCCGGCUCCUGUUGGAAGGAGGAGCAGACGUGAAGGCCACCACGAAAGAUGGCGACACCGUCUUCACCUGCAUCAUCUUCCUGCUUGGUGAGACGGUGGGUGGGGACAAAGAGGAGGUGCAAAUGAUCAACCGCUUCUGCUUCCGGGUCACCCAGCUGCUGAUGGCCCAUGGCGCUGACCCCAGCGAGUGCCCAGCCCACGAGUCCCUCACGCACAUCUGCCUCAAGAGCUUCAAGCUCCACUUCCCGCUCCUGCGCUUCCUGCUGGAGUCUGGGGCCUCCUACAACUGCUCCCUCCACGGCCCCUCGUGCUGGUCAGGCUUUCACAUAGUCUUUGAGAGGCUGUGCUCUCACCUCAGCAGCUCAGAAGACGACAGCUUCUCCGCUGACCUCCUGCAGAAAGCAGAAACUGUCCUAGAGCUCAUGGUGGCCAGCUCGCAGAUCCCCAAACUGCCCAGCAACUUUGACAUCAACUCCACCAGCUGCAGGUUCCAGGGGGAGAAGAUCAAGGCCCUUUUCUACUCCCUGAAGCAGCUGCAGCACUCACCGCAGGCCCUGAAACAUCUCUGCAGGGUGUACAUCCGGCAGCGCCUCAAACCGUGGCCAGUGGAUGUGAAGAUCAAGGCACUUCCUCUUCCCAACAGGCUAAAGUGGUAUCUCCUCAUAGGCCACGGCAACGCCGGUGAGGAGGACAUCUGAGCCAGGCGGGGGCAGACCUGGAAUCCUCACUCCAGUCCCUCCCCAAACACUCUGGUGACUUGGUUUCCCCACCCGGAAGAGCAAGAGGUUCCUUAUGGUCCAGACCAGCUUCCUCCACUGCCAGCCAGUGCUUUGUUUGAUCACGCUGUCCACAAAUACCGCUGCAGGGCCUGUGCAUUUAGGCGCCGCAUGGGCCUGGCUUCUCUGGGAAGGGACACCCCCAACAGCAUGUUACCUGAAUCCCAAUGAAGUGUGAUUCGGGGUGGGAGGGUAGAGGGAUAAGUGGGUUGGGCUGGUGAUCUGGACUUUGUGCCUUUACGAGUGAUGAGUGCUGGUAGGCUGCUUCACAUGGACGUACAGGAAACGCCUGCCUGGAGUUGGGACCAUGAACCCGGUCUGAGGAGCAGAAACCAGAGUAGAGACUCAGGCGAUGCUCCCCCUAGGUUGUCUGACUGCAUGUGCCAUGCUGUUUGAAUAAGGCCGAGGAACAACCAUUCCCCCUCUCCCUCAUCCGCCUGCCAGUCUCCGGCCACGCACUGAGUGCGGGAAUGGCUGAAGCGGUGUCUUAAACGAAUGGCUGCUUCUAACACUGCUGCCUCUGGGGAGCGCGGCCUGGGCAGGAAGAAGCCUUGGGCUGCUAAGGGAAAACAUUCAGCGAGCGCCUCCUCCUCCCGUCUCCUCGGGAAGCUAUGCGGGAGGUUUCCCCUCAGGCCAGGCCCAAGCGCAGGCGGUGCUGGCCGAGGGAUUGAUGGCCUUUCGCCAGCCCCCUCUGCGCAGAGCCUUGAGCAGGCUUGGCUCUCCCACCACUUGGAAAGCAGGAGAUGUGGCUCUUUGCAGCAUGGGCCACAUGCCAGAGGAGCAACUAAAUUCACCCAGAAUUUCCAAGAGCCACAUCAACGUCGACACACUCCUCUCGCAACAGCUUGUCCACCUGUUGUACCACCUGCCAGGACUAAACGAAGAGCAGAGAGAGGUUAGCGUUCUCGUCUCUCUUUCCCCCAGGCAUCUGCCAAGCACUUGGGGUAAAGGCUGGUGCCCCUGUGAGCCGGGUGGGCCUUGGGCUCAGAGAAACCUUUACAAAUGAGAGGGAAGCGGCAGGGCUGGGCGCAGCGCCUGAAUCUCUAGCUCAGGGCUUUGCAAUCUGCUGACACUGCAAGUGGAGGGCGGCACCUUUGUGGCAAGAGGAAACGAUUGGCUUGUGAAAUGAACGUGCUCAGGGGCUAUUGGAGGAGAUAGUAGGAACAGUGCUAACAUGGGGCCUGGUUGCGGAUUCCCAGGCCAGGCCAUCCUUUCAGCUUAGACUAGUAGCAAGUUAUUCCCGGCUCCUCUAGUUUUGGGGUUUCUAGUGCAGCCUGCGCCACGCAGUGCCUUGGGUGUGGUGGACAAGUCUACUAGAGCAGAGGAGCCACUAACCUUGUUUCCAGCCUAGGCUCCACUGACCCUCCCCCUGAGGCCGUGUGUCGGGCUGGAGGUGCCGCCUCCUGGAGGCUGUGCACCUUGGCCAGAGGAGCACGCUUCUUGCAGCACUCCCUUGUUUUCUUCGCCCUGCUAAACCCUAGGUGUGAUCUCAGCCUGGGGCUGCAGAGACGAAAGGCCAAGUCACAGCACCAUCCACUGAGGGCAGGUUUCCCUCCAGCGUGUUAAUUACCCUAAGUGCCAAAGCCAAACAGCUGCUAAGCCAGUCUCACCCCUGGGAGAAAGAGCCAAAGCUCCAGUGAGGAAAUCCACUGCGAUUCGCCUCCGAUUACCAGCUAGGCAUGAAAAGCCUUCACGGAUCUGGGGCUAACAUUGCAGCUGGGUACAACGUGAGGCUCUUCCUCCCCAGCCAUCACCUCCACCCAUUUGUUAACACUCACAGCAGGGCAAGAACAUGAAAUUCACCCUCCUGCCAAAACGCAUCCACCCGCUGUCUCCCCCCUCCACCCCCACCCCAAACACUUCACAGGAGCAGCUGACAAUCAUAUUGACAAAGGGGAGUAAAAUGAAACACUGUGCCAGUGUCUUGCUGAGCUCAAGCCAUUAAACAUGUCCUAUUGUCAUAGAAAA